AUCACCUGUUACUGUGCCACGCCGACGCGUUUUCUCCACAUUCUUUUGAAAGAGGCCGCAGUAAGUGAAGCGAGCGACGGCUCCGCGCGAAGUAGACCUUGCGUCGCAAGACGGAAAACACGCGAAAUAUGGGAUUUUUCGACAAACUCGUCAGUUUUCUCGGCUUGAAGAAGAAACAGGCCAGCGUUUUGGUAGUCGGCUUGGACAACAGCGGUAAAAGCACCAUCCUAAAUCAUUUCAAGCCGGAGGACCAAAAGGCGAUGGACAUUGUGCCUACUGUAGGCUUCAACGUGGAUUCCUUCAAGCUGAAGAACUUGGCGCUCACGGCUUUUGACAUGUCCGGCCAGGGAAGGUACCGCAAUCUCUGGGAGCAUUACUACAAGGACACCGACGGAAUCAUCUUUGUUGUGGACAGUACGGACGCACUGAGAAUGGUUGUGGCUAAGGAUGAGCUUGAUAUGAUGCUACAGCACAAGGAUUUUAAGGAUCGUCCUGUGCCGAUCUUGUUUUUCGCGAACAAAAUGGAUCUCAGGGAAGCUUUGUCCAGUGUGAAAGUUAGUCAAGCGCUGGGAUUGGACGUGCUGAAAACGAAGCCAUGGCAUAUUUGUGCGAGCAAUGCUCUGACUGGAGAAGGUUUGCAGGAAGGCCUAGAGUGGCUCAGCGAACAAAUACAGGCACUUCUGCAGAAAAAGAGGUAGCCGGAAGAAGGACUUGUAAUUAUUUUCUGAUCGCGAAACGUCAGAAUGCAGUCUUCAACGAAUCUUUUGAAACUCUCUCAGUUGAAACGUGUUCAUCUCGAAUGUGAAUAUUUAUGUGUAUGUUCAUGCGCAAGUUUAUUGUUACUAAAAUAAAUCCAAAGCAACGAAUGUUUGUUCCUUGGAGAAGUAUCUAUAUAGCACAAAUAAUUUAGGUUCUGACUUUCAUCCGCAUGUUAUAGCACCCGUGAUAUGAAUGCCACUCGAAUAGGCCAGAUCGCGCUAUAUGCCCCAUUCAAUUCUUUAAAAUCAUUUUCGAAUUAAAAAGGAAACACGGUAUAUGCGACACCUGCAACUCUGCGAUGUACUAGCUGUUAUUGUGUAAAUUUUUAAAGUUUUUCAGACCUAUAAAUGACGUUUGCUGCUA